UGCUGGGUGACAGCAGCGGAUGCGCCCUGAGAAAAACAGGUUUGGUUAGUUUGUCUGACGACCUGAAAACUUUAAAUAUCUGAUUGGCAGACGAACAAUUUGCGCCUGCGCCUUCAACCUGGGUUUUUUCCCCCCCUUGCUUGAGUCGUUUGAUGUGGAAGCCGCUUUCUCCUCCCGUGUGUUUUGGAUGAUCUCCCACUGCCAGGUCCACGUAUUGAGAUGAUCUAUUUUUGUGAUGGCGAAGGGUCUGUUUCCUCGGGCCUGGGUGAAAAAGUCUUUCUACUUUCAGGCUCGGAUCUCCUUUGUGCGGGUGAAGUACCUGUUCCUAACAUGGUUGACUGUGCUGGUGGGGAGCUGGGUGCUCUACGUGCAAUACUCUGCCUACACAGAACUGUGCCGAGGGCAUGAGUGCAAGAACUCCAUUUGCGAUAAAUACAGGAGGGGAAUCAUCGAUGGGUCUGCCUGCAGCAGUUUGUGUGACAAAGAAACUCUCUACAUGACCAGGUGUCUGUCAACACAGUCAAAUAACCAGGUGUACACAGGAAGCUGGGGAGACCACGAUGGGAUCAUCCGCUGUAAGCUGGGCGAGGUUGUGCACUACGAGCUGGGUGAGGAACCAGAACCACGGAGGGAGGCCCCGGUGUUCGACAAGCCUACAAGAGGCACCUCAGUGGAGAAGUUCAGAGAGAUGGUCUUCACUCACCUCAAGUCCAAGCUUGGAGAGCAGACCUCGAACCUCGCCAGCCUGGUCAGCCAGAUACUCUCUGUCACCGAUGGCAACAGGGAUGGACGGGUAUCGCUGCCAGAAGCCCGCUCUAUGUGGGCCCUCCUGCAAAUGGACGAGGUGCUGCUCGGCCUGCUGCUCCAGGACCGUGGACACACUCCUCGCCUACUUGGCUACUGCGGAGACCUGUAUAUGACGGAGCGUAUCCCCUAUGGACCACUGUAUGGGUUAUCUCUACCCUGGCCACUUGUGUCCUGGGUGCCUAGCGGUGUGCAGCGCACUAUGGACCAGUGGUUCACCCCUUCCUGGCCUCGCAAGGCUAAGAUCUCCAUGGGCCUGCUGGAGCUUGUGGAAGACAUUUUCCACGGAACCUACGGCAGCUUCCUGAUCUGUGACCUUGCCGCAGCGCACUUUGGUUACACCGACCGCCAUGAGCUCCGUCUGACUAACACUCACGCUGUGGUUCCUGAGGACGAGUUCAGGCGUACCAUGCGAGUACUGAAGUGUGAGACGGACGCCGACUGUGUUUACGGGGCGGACUGCCAGACGUCAUGUGACUUGACGGAGAAACGGUGCAGGGAGGAGCCGGCACAACCAAAUCUGGCAAAAGCCUGCGGUACUCUGAAGGACUACCUGCUGCGCGGGGCGCCGUCGGGGAUGAGAGAGGAACUCGAGAGGCAGCUGUAUGCCUGCAUGGCUCUCAAAGGUAAUGCUGGACAGAUGAACAUGGAGCACUCACUCAUUCUCAACAACCUGAAAGCACUGCUGUGGAGACAGAUCUCGCACACAAAGGACUCAUGACAAGACCACUCAGUUUUUUUUUCACAGAAAACUGAGUGGAGAAUAUGCUGUGAUUUAGAGUAGCAAAUAAAAUUUUUAUCAUCUUCUAACACUUAAGAAUGGUCAGACUGAUGGUCCUACCUCCUCUAUUUCACUUUCAAAUGUUUAGGGGCCUGGAAAACUUCAUAAAGACUACAAUAUACUCAACGAUUGCAUGCGUCCACCGGUCACACUUAAAACUAUUCAUGUGAACACAUUUUAUUGUAUUGUAUUGCAUUGUUCAUUACAGUGAAACGCUAUAAAGGGUCAGGGUUAAGGAAUUCACAAUUAACAGGUUUUAGAAGUUAGUUUCUAGAUCUGAAACUAACAAUAUUAAGUAAUUUCUGCCACAAAAUCAUCUUGAUAUUUGCGGCGCACCAUGAUUUUAGAAAGAUGACUUUAUACCAUUCAGGAAAAUGAUACAAACUGAGCUCCACAUUUAAAGAACCAGUGUCUAGGAUGUAGAGGGAGCUAUUUGCAGGCUGGGAUUAUAGUGCUCACUUCAUGUUUCCAUGAGUCUAUAAUCAGUGUUUUCAUUAGCUUAGAGCCCAUCAUAUCUACAUAUAUGAUAGAGCAGGUUCUCUUCCACAGAUCUGGCAUGUCCCUACAAUAGCUUAGAAGAAGAACCAAAUAAUGGAUCAAUAAAAGACCAUUCUCAUGUCCGUGUUAAAGUGGCAACCACUUAAACUGAUGAACUGAGUAAUUUGCUAUGCUGAUUCCUAGACACUUUGAAUGGCGCAGAGUUUCAAAAAACUAACAGACACACCAAACAAACCAUCAGAGAACUACUGGCAUCAAAGACCAACUGUGAUUGGGCCAAAAUGUUGAACUUGAAAACACCACAAGGACUACGGCCAACAGCGAGCUGGCACAUACUAUCUGCUCCUGCGUGAAAGGAAAUAACUCUUCCAAGACACAGUAACAUUAGCUGGUAGGCUAGGGAGCUGGAAAAACCAUCGCACAAUGCUGGGCUGUCAUGAGUCGUGUUGAUCAGACGGUCUACGUUUUAUUUAUUCCAGAUGAUCAUGUCGAAAAUCUAAUAUCUUCUCAGUGACUGAGUGAAUGUUCGGAGUAGAUGAAAGAUAUUAAAUUCAGAAAGCCUUCUGUACACCCUUUGUUUCACACUUGGUCACACUGUGGUCUAAGCUGAAAGGCCAGUCAGCGUGAUAUCCCUCACAUUCAAUUCAGCCACCCAACCAUUGGCUUGGUGCAACUACAGAGUAGUGUUUUUUUGCAGCAAGAUCACAGAAAAUAUCGACACACAAGUGUAAAGACAAAUUACCAGCACAGUUUGACCUGCAUUGGUCCGUUGCAGCAGGAUAAACCAAGCAGAGAGUUGGCCCGUCUCAAAGAUUGUCUACUGUGGAAAAGGUUGGAAAGCGAGCGUUGAGAGAUGGUGUUCAACUGGUUGUAAUCUGCAACCUCACCACUAGGUGCCACGAAAUCCUACACACUGGUCCUUUAAGCGUUACCUAAAAUACAUUCAGAUAGAUCCCCGAUUUUGUCUCCGUUCCUUUUAAGCUCCAUAAAAUCACAGGGGAGUGGAUUUUAGAAACUUGAAGGGACCAAAACUAUGCAGUAGCUCUUUAACAUUUUACCACAUUGUCAGCUGCACUCAGUCUAAGCUAUACGUUCAUAAUUAUUGAAAUAAAAGGUCCUGAAACAGUCGUAGAUCCCCAGAUUACCUAUCAAAGGUCUCUAUUGAGGCGAUAGUGUCGGUGCCUGACAGAUAUGUAAUUACUAGUAUUUAAAGAGAUUGGUUUUAGAGUUUCCAGGUGGUUGUUUGACAAGAAAAUGUAACAGCCACUAUGAAGCUUUGAAAAGUUCAGAUCAGUGACACACUGAAGUAAAAACUUGAAUUACUGAAAGUAUUGAACAGACGUCUCCAGCAGCAGACGCUCUUAUUUUGCAGAGGACUGAAGCUGUCCUGGAGGCUUUUCCUUUAGCUGCCACUCUCCAGUAUGACCCCUCAAACAUAUGUUUGUCAGUAUUCCAUAGACGUCAUACUGUUGUCAGUGUACUGCACUUAUAUUUUUGACCUUCAGUCCUGAAUGAUAUGAUCAAUGCUGCAUCAAUGACACAGAAGAAUUUGUGCAUUUAAUUUGUGAAUGUUAGUUAUUUGCAUUUCUCACUGAAAGGAGCACUUGUGGUAAUGUAUUGUAUCCUCGUUUGGGUUUUAUGUCACAGUGCCAUAGAGAUCAUGCUGAUGUCAUUUAAUGAAUGUUUACCGUUUGCUGGACAUAACCGAUUGAAUCUAAUGACAUUUGAUACUGUACACAAACAUUUCCAGAUAUUGCUGAAACACACCUACUGUGACUGAGACAACCUGAUUCAUCUACCUACACAGAUCUGACCUGUAAAGCAUGUUAAGCAAGUUUGAUUUCUAAAAAUGUAUGUUUACUUAUUGAAGAAACCAGCAUGACUUUGCACAAUUAAACUGCAUUCCACUUCA